CCCGUGACAUUCUCUCCUGAGAGCUACUUUUUGAAGUCUCUGCCGCCUCCUUGGUCCGCGUGACCAUGGCCCAUCGCUACCUUCGCUUGUCGGCGAGCUGCCGCAACACGUUGCGACUUCUCUUGGCUCCUUCGCCCGCCACCAACAGGCUACUGGUGUCAAGACGGCUUGCGAGUGGGCGGAGUUUGUUGAGUGAGCUCCUGGUGGCCUGUAGGAGUCUGACCUCCAAACCUCCCAAAGGCUUUGAGAAGUAUUUUCCCGACAGUGGGAAGAAUUCCAAGGACACUCACUCUCCAGACAAAGACAACAACAAAGCUGAUGAUACUCCGAAAGAGGUGGGGCCGUCUGGAGGGGGAGGAGCAGGCAGUAGUGGAGGAGGAGGUGGAAAGCGAGGAGGACGAAAGGAUUCACAUUGGUACAGCCGCCUGCAGAAGGGUGACAUUCCAUGGGAUGAGAAGGAGUUCCGAAUGUACUUCUUGAGCGGUGCGGCCUUUUGGACUGUCGUGGCCUAUUACUUCCUGUUCAGGGAUGGAGGCCGAGAGGUCACAUGGAAGGACUUUGUCAACAACUUCCUGUCCAAAGGAGUGGUCGACAGACUGGAGGUGGUAAACAAGCGCUAUGUCAAAGUGGUCUUCUCUCCCGGGAAGAUGCCCAUGGAUGGGCAGUACGUGUGGUUCAACAUCGGCAGCGUGGACACGUUUGAGAGGAACCUGGAGAGUGCCCAGUAUGAGCUGGGCAUCGAGGGUGAGAACCGCGUUCCUGUGGUCUACUCCACCGAGAGCGACGGGACCUUCCUCCUGAGCAUGUUACCCACCGCCCUCAUCAUCGGUUUCCUGCUCUUCAUGGUACGGCGAGGCCCGGCAGGGGCGGGCCGGCCCGGGCGCGGCGGCAUGGGCGGUUUGUUCAGCGUCGGCGAGACCACCGCCAAGAUCCUCAAGGACGAAAUUGACGUCAAAUUCAAAGACGUGGCCGGCUGUGAGGAAGCCAAGCUGGAGAUCAUGGAGUUUGUCAACUUUCUGAAGAACCCCAAACAGUACGAGGACCUCGGCGCCAAGAUCCCCAAGGGCGCCAUCCUGACCGGGCCUCCGGGGACGGGAAAGACGCUCCUGGCCAAGGCCACUGCGGGCGAGGCCAAUGUUCCCUUCAUCACCGUCAACGGCUCAGAGUUCCUGGAGAUGUUCGUGGGCGUGGGACCAGCCCGGGUCCGAGAUCUUUUCGUCAUGGCGAGGAAGAACGCGCCCUGCAUCCUCUUCAUCGACGAGAUUGACGCGGUUGGACGCAAGCGGGGACGGGGAAACUUCGGGGGGCAGAGCGAGCAGGAGAAUACCCUCAAUCAGCUGCUGGUCGAGAUGGACGGGUUCAACACGGCAACCAACGUGGUGGUGCUGGCGGGAACCAACCGAGCAGACGUCUUGGACCCGGCGCUACUGAGGCCGGGACGCUUCGACAGACAAAUUUACAUCGGUCCUCCUGACAUCAAAGGACGAGUGUCCAUCUUUAAAGUCCACCUUCGGCCUCUCAAGUUGGACUCCGCCACAAAUAAAGAUGCCUUGGCCCGCAAGAUGGCGGCACUCACGCCUGGUUUCUCAGGUGCCGACAUCGCCAACGUUUGCAAUGAGGCGGCCCUCAUUGCCGCUCGGCAUUUGUGCGACGCCAUCGAUCAGAAGCACUUUGAGCAGGCCAUCGAGAGGGUCAUCGGAGGCCUGGAAAAGAAGACGCAGGUCCUCCAGCCGGAGGAGAAGAAGACGGUGGCCUAUCACGAGGCGGGGCACGCCGUUGCUGGGUGGUUCCUGGAGCAUGCCGACCCGUUGCUCAAGGUGUCCAUCAUCCCCCGGGGCCGUGGCCUGGGCUACGCUCAGUACCUCCCGAAGGAGCAGUUCUUGUACACCACCGAGCAGCUGCUGGACCGCAUGUGCAUGACGCUGGGGGGUCGCGUGUCUGAGGAAAUCUUCUUCGGCAGGAUCACCACGGGCGCGCAGGACGACCUCCGCAAGGUCACGCAGAGUGCCUAUGCGCAGAUCGUGCAGUUCGGGAUGAACGCCAAGGUGGGCCAGGUGUCCUUUGAUCUCCCACGGCAGGGCGAGAUGGUUCUGGAGAAGCCGUACAGCGAGGCCACUGCGCGCCUCAUUGACACCGAGGUCCGGGGCCUCAUUGACGAAGCCUACCGAAGAACUCAGCGCCUGCUGAGUGACAAGAAGGCCGAGGUGGAGAAGGUGGCACUACGGCUGCUGGAGAAGGAGGUUCUGGACAAGAACGAUAUGGUAGAGCUGCUGGGCAAACGUCCGUUCUCGGAGAAGUCGACGUACGAGGAGCUGGUGGAGGGCACGGGUGGUGAGGACGAGGACACCGCACUGCCCGCCGGCCUCAAGGACUGGAACCGUGAGAGAAAGCACAAGGAGGAGAGCCCGGAUGAGCAAGUGGCCCGGCAGAUCUCUGGUGGGAUGCCCUUCUAAAUGAAGUGCUGCUAUUUUCUCCAUCGCAACCAGUUGUGACCGCUUCAAAGGAAGUGGAGAAGAUUUGCCACUCAGGGCUACUCUGAGAAGCCUCUGGAGGACAAGAGGACUUGAUUUAUUUAUGGAGCUCAGUGAGCGCCAUGAUAAGUGCUGUUUGCUAAUGUCCGCAAAUCCUGAAUUGAAUGCUUAUUCACUGCUUCCUGCUAAAACCAUCUUAUACUGGCAACGUGACAUGUUUCAUAAUGCCAAUGAUCUUCAAGCAUUCUGGUCCUUCAUGACAACAUCUUGACAUUAGCAGCCAUCAAUUGCAGUUCACGAGAUGUGAAAAGCAAAGGGGAAAUAAGUGGAUUAUUAAAAUGCUUGUUUCCUG